CACUUUUUUUAGAGUGAAAAAAACGAAAGCCCCAAAGCCCGCUCUCAUUUUGUGGCAUCAAAAAUUUUUGAACCCCCGCCUUCCUCCUUUUUUUCUCAAUCAAAUCAGCCCGCCCUCUCAAAAUCUCCUAAUCCCUAAGUUCCAUCUCUCCGUCUCUCUCUCGUUCUCUCUGUUGUGUACGGAAAAUCUCACCUACUUGUGAUCUCUGUCAAAACCCUAACUUUUUAGGGUUUUAGUGUUCUGUUUUGUUUCCAUGGCGAGUGAAACCCUAGAAGAGAAGAAACCAGGGCAGGAAGCUCCUCCUGCUGAGGAUUCAAAACCAGAUGCGCAAAAGGAGCAAACUGAAAGCGAAGGACCGAAGGAGGGUACAGAGAAUGAAGCGAAGGAGGCUGGCAACGAGGAAGUGAAAGAAGUAGAGAGGAUUGAGAAGGAGGGAGCUGAAAAGGAGGAGUCUUUUGGAAAUGAGGAGAAAGAAGAAGAAGCGAAAGAAGAGGAGGAGGUAGAGAGAAAGAAAACUAAGCGAGGAAGCAAGAAAUCGAGUAAAGAUUUGACUGAGAAGAAGGAGAAGGAGCCGGUGACUCCAGGUAGUGAGAGGCCUGCCAGAGAGAGGAAGAUGGUGGAAAGGUACUCUGCUCCUGAGCCUGGACGGUCAGCGACCAAGCCUUUGUCUAUUGAAAAGGGACGAGGAACACCACUAAAGGAUAUUCCUAAUGUGGCUUUCAAGUUGUCCAAGAGAAAACCUGAUGACAAUCUACAGAUGCUUCAUAUGAUUCUGUUUGGAAAGAAAGGAAAGGCAUACAAUCUAAAGAAAAACAUAGGCCAGUUUUCAGGCUAUGUGUGGGUUGAGAAUGAGGAUAAGCAGAAAGCGAAAGUAAGGGAAAAGCUUGACAAGUGCGUCAAAGAGAAGUUGAUGGAUUUUUGUGAUGUGCUCAAUGUCCCUAUAAAUAGGUCUGCUGUGAAAAAGGAGGAACUCACUGUAAAAAUAUUGGAAUUCUUGGAAUCCCCUCAUGCCACCACUGAUGUUCUGCUUGCUGACAAGGAACAGAAAGGUAAGAAGCGUAAGGUCUCAACCGGAAAAAAUGCAAGUCCUGUAGAAGCAUCAACUACACCAGCAAAGAAACAAAAACAAACACCCCAAAGUGGACAAAAGCGAAAGCGUUCAUCCAAAGAUGAAGAAGAUGAUGAUGAAGAUAAAGUUGAAUCACCAGUUGCUAAAGAUGAUUCAGAAGAGGAUGAUGAAAAUGAGGCAGAAAAGAAAGAAGAGAGUGAUCAUGAGGAGAGCAAAUCAGAGGAAGAGGAAGAUGAGCCAAAGGAGCAGACGCCACCUAAGAAGAUAUCAAAAAAAUCUGCAAAGCAGAGUUCAGCGGUUAAAGGUGCAGAGAAAGUUACCCCUAGCAAAAAGAGCACCCCUGCAAAGCCUGUCAAAAAUCCAGUAAAAUCUACCAAAAAUACUUCUGGCUCAUCAUCAAAAAGGGGCGCUAAAGAUACUGAUGGAAGUUCCAGUUCUGUUUCUAAAUCAAAGGGAUCUGCAUCUAAGAAACUUAAGGUUGAAAAGGAAAACCCUAAGGACCGAAGCGCUUCGUCCAAGGACAAGGUCACUGGCAAGAAGCAGUCGACUAAGUCCCCAUCAAAGGAUACUGCAAAAGAUCAAGGUAAAGUCAAGUCUAACAAAAGGGCCAAGGCAGAACCCACCAGACAAGAGAUGCAUGCAGUUGUAGUAAAUAUUCUGAAGGAAGUGGAUUUCAAUACUGCAACUCUAUCAGAUAUUCUCAGACAGCUUGGUACCCACUUUGGCAUAGAUCUAAUGCAUAGAAAAGCGGAAGUGAAGGAUAUUAUUACAGAUGUGAUAAAUAGCAUGUCUGAUGAUGAAGAAGAAGGUGAAGGGGAGGACGCGGAGGAUAAUGCUGAGGGUGGUGAUGAUGCAGAUAAAGAUGCUGACGAGGAUGAUGAUUAGUUCAUUUUAUUACAAAUGCUUUACUUGACUCUUGUAGAACAUGAGGUAUGUGGUGUAUUCUCCAGAUAUCACCCCCUGCUGGAGGGGCUUCAACAACAGAUACUGAUGAUGCACCACUGUUGCAAUAUGGAUCUUGUUACCAUUUCCAGAUGAAGGCACCCAACCGGGUUUGUUUUGUAUCAUAUGCUUUAGUACAUUUUGCUCUUACAAGUAGUGCUGAGCUGAACUUAAAUUCUUGGUAGUUUUAUUUCUCCAUCCCCAACGUCCCUUUCCAUUUAGACUUGGCUUUUAGGUGUAUUUGUUGACUUUUCCCUGCAAAGGAGUAGAGAUUUGAACCGCAUUCUCAUGUGGUCCUUACGGGUGCUUAUAAUUUAUGAACAAUGUAAGUUGAAUGCUUUGCAAAUUAACUGUCACAGGUGAUAGUUUCUGUUUAA